UAUUUAGUAAAAGGUUUGGCUUACGUGAGUAGUGCCCCAUUUGUCUGCAAAGAAACUUCACCGUAUUGUAAAGGUGGUUCAGAAUCCUUGUAUUCAUAAACGUAUAAAGUAAUGCUGAUGAAGUUUUAUUAUGGUGUUCACUCACCCAAGAUACGGGCUUUUGCAAAAUGAUACAAUAAGAGUCCUAGCAAAAUAACCUCAAACCCACUUGAGUGGGCCAAGCCCAACAGAGGCCUCGACCCCGCCGACUCAUCAAGUCGACCUUUUUUCAUGCCGAUACGAAAGGCGGGAUCAGUCGACCCUAUCGCCGAGGACGACCCACUUAGGGCACUCGACCACUCACUGGGUAAUUCUCGGAGACGACUUGAGGGACAUUCCCUGCUGUUGACUAAGUUAAGGACUCGACCCAGGCCUUAAGCCUCUCCUCCAGAGCAUAUGUCAACAUUUCAGUCCAUACCGGACAAACCUUAUUCAGAUUUUAUCCUAAUGAUCUCUGUGACUUGCCAGCUGCCCAUAUGCCUCCAUGACUUGUCAAUCACUUUCCGAAAAAUACGGAGACACCCUCUCACGUGUAGAAGUGACUUUCCUUUCAGUCGCCAGUCGACGCCUGUAAACCGAGAGACGAUUCAGUAUGCCCACGUGUUUUCUGCCACACCAUCAAUCACAUACCGGACAAACCUUAUUCAGAUUUUAGCCUAACGACCCUUGUCCUACCUGCAAAGGCAAGGGGUGGAAAAAAAUAGUAUUUGGUAAAGGGGAGUCAUUCCCGCCCUCCAAUCUCUUCUUGGAAAUUAAUGCCGAUGAUGAAGGACUUGGACAACAUUUCUUCAGAUACAGCUUACAAGCACGUGACUAUAUAAAGAAGUAAGGAUACAACCUCACGUUCGGUGAAGGUCUUCGUUUUGGUCAAGGUAUCCGAGUUCCACCCCGUCCUGCCUAUGUACCAAGAGGGAAGCCCGACAAUUAUUAUGAACAUAAGAGUGGCCUAGGCUAUGUCACUUCAUCCAACGACGAAUCUUGUUGGCAAGUUAUCAACCAGUCAUCCAAUCUUAUGGUUCGCCAUGAAAGUCCCGGCCCCACACUCCCCAUUUGGGCAUUCCUUCCUCAACCUAAUAACCUUUCCACCAUCAUCUACCUUAUAAAACUGCAGAACAGCGAGCUUCACCUGUAGCAAAUUCAUCAACAUCUUCCUUUGAGUCAUGAAUUCCCGAGAAAUCUACAAGCAUCGUCUAUUUGAUAUCUCAGAAAAGUUCAUACGUCGGCUUUUGCUAUUAGGCCUUUUACUCUUUUUUUUUAAAGUUUGUUGUCGUUUUAUUAGAGUUGUUGGGGAAAUUUCAAUAUAGGAAGAAUCAGGCUCGCAAAAAUAUAAUAAUAAUAAUUAUAAUUAUAAGGAAAUUUUAAACUUUUAUUUUUUAUUUUAAAUAAUCAAAGGAAAAUAUUGACUCCUAAGUACAGUGGAGCUUCUAAUACUUACAGGUUUGUCGAUUUGAAAUGUGAUUUCUUGUCGGACUUCUUACAUUUAUAUCGUGUUGGGUCUUCUGUCUUUUCGUAUGCGAGUUAAAUAAAUCAAUAGAAAAAUAAAAAAAGGCAAUUUCAAGUAGCGAAAUGAGAAUUUUGUAGAAAGCCAUAUUACGCCGUAUUUGAUAGUCUAUCAAGUUCCCACCUUUAUUUUUAGGAGUAUCUUUCUUGUAUGGGGUUUCGGCCUUAUGUCCCUCCUUGUAUCUUUUCCUUUCCGUAUAUAAAUAAAUAAUCAGGUCUGCCCACGACGUGCAGGAAGUUCGGCCAAUAAAAAAUGCAGGUUGAAAGAUUAAGAAGGUUAAAACUUGACAAUAAUUUUUUUUUAUUGAGAUUGCAAAUUUUUCUCAUCUAACUCAACCAUCCACCCCUUAUAUUGAACUGGUCAUGAGAACCUUCAAGUAGUGUGGAAAGAUGCAACCAAUCCAUAACAAAAACACCAUAAAUUAAGUUCUCAGAAAUUUCUCUUGUCAAUAUAAUACUUGCAUGGGUGAGAUUAAUCAAAACUUUGAGCUAAAUUUGUCAACAAAAACCCACCAAUAAUCACUAAGAUGGAGUGUAAUUGGCACAUUGUUGCAUGGAGCCAGCUUCUGAAAUUACUCUAAAUACGUCCAAUGAUUUUAGUUACUAUGAGCUAGAACCAGUCAAUAUAACAUUUUUGCACGCAUAUUGGUGUGCUUAUUAUAAGCAUCCACUUGCUCUCUUCCUCCUUAUAUGUACUCUCAUAAUGAAUAUGACUUCUCACUCAAACACAUUCAUCUUCAAGCUAUGGGCAAAGGAGCUACACAUUCAUUUAUGCUCAUUUUUAUUGCCAUUUUUGCUGCAUUUCUAGCUGAAAAAUCAUCUUCAUCCUUGGAAGCGGACUUCUAUAAAUCUACAUGCCCGCUUGCUGAGAAAAUUGUUCGAAAAAUAAUUACUAAGGCUAUUGUCAAGGAUCAUGGCUUAGCUGCUAGUCUCAUAAGGAUGCACUUCCAUGAUUGCUUUGUUAGGGGUUGUGAUGCUUCCAUCCUUCUUGAUUCAAUCCCCGGAAGCAAAUCAGAAAAGCUCAGCAUCGCCAACAAUCCAAGCCUGCAAGGCUACGAAGUCAUCGACAGAGCCAAGGCUGCAGUCGAAGCUCAAUGCCCACAAACAGUCUCAUGUGCAGACAUAAUCGCAUUUGCAGCUCGCGACAGCACGACCCUCACAGGCGGUGCAGGGUACUCAGUCCCUGCAGGCAGACGCGAUGGGAGAAUCUCCAACGAAUCAGAAGUCCUCGAAAACCUCCCCUUCCCAACUUUCACCAGCACCCAACUCAUUCAAAACUUCGCGAAAAAAGGACUCUCAGCCAAGGACAUGGUGACUCUGUCAGGAGCUCACUCCAUCGGCGUCUCCCACUGCUCUUCCUUCACUUCCAGGCUCUACAGCUUCAACUCCACUCACACUCAGGACCCUUCGAUGAAUCCCAAGUUCGCGAAAUUCCUAAAAACAAAAUGUCUGCCUAUUUCAAAAGCUGCAAAGAGAGGACUAGAUCCUUUAGUAGCAUUGGAUGUCAAGGGAGUUUAUCAUUUGGAUGUGAAGUAUUAUGAGAACUUGAUGAAGGGUAAAGGGUUGUUGAGAUCGGACCAGACAUUGGUCGAGGAUCCUUGGACUGCGUGGAUGGUCGAACGGCAUGUGGAAAGCCCGGAGGUUUGGAGGGAGGAGUUUGCGGCAGCAAUGGUCAAGAUGGGGAGAAUUGGAGUGCUUACAGGGAAUCAAGGGGAGAUAAGGAAGAACUGCAGGGUAGUUAAUUGAAAUUAGUUUGAUGUUUUUGUAUUGUGUUGUGAUUUGGUUGUGGGUUUUCUUUGAUUGCUUGAGAUUGAUUUCAUAUAUGAUUUUGUUAUCAUAUAUCAAAAGUGAUGCUAGUUUGUGAUUAAUUGUGAUGUAUAUGUUUAAGCUUUUGAUCCGCACAAAGGUAAAUCUGAAGUGUGUAAUAGAAUUGAGUAUAGAAAGGAAACUCGUUCCCCGAUAUUUUGGA